CCUGUGGCAGCAGCAGCAGCAGCUGCUGCUGCUGUUGCUGCUGCAAUUGUUACUAUUGCUGAUGCUGAUGUUACAUCUCCUUUCCAACUCAGUGCUUGCUAUAUACGUCUUUGGGUUCCUCCCUGGCAUGCAACAUCUAGUUUUACAUUGAACACAACAAGAUGGAUGGGAGAAAUCAGAUUUACUUGACUAGUUAACUUUUCUUGUUGUUGUUGCUGUUGCUAUCAGGAGGCUAUGACUCAAAUGUGACACUGCAUGUAUUGCAGUGUCUUUGCUAGCUAUAUGCAAGCUGCAUGUGUGCUUGUGUGUGUGUGUGUGCUUAGUUUACAAAGGCCUGUAUGUGAAUGAUGUUAUAUAAUUCAGCUAUAGGUUUAUCAGAUGGUCGCCGCGAAGAUUAAGUACCUAAACUGCAUGAACUGUGGUUGUUAUUGUCAUUGUGAUGGUGGUGGUUGCUGUACGUGCCUGUUAGUUUACAUCUUUACUGAUCAUUGUCGCUGUUGAUUACUGCUGUCCAACAACUACAAAAAUCUCCGCUGUUAUGCUUAGUGGUCAUUUGUCUGACCAAAAGUCCAACAGGAUACUUAUCAACAACUACCAAUAUUAUUCCAUCACCCCUUGUUGCAGCAGAUGGUUUCUUUGUUUUUUAUGCUAAAUAUAAUUAUUAUCACUACUUGUUGUUGUGGUCACCACGCUGCCCCACGUCGCUAUUUCCUGCCUGAGAGGUCGGGCUGCACUUUGGUGCAAGGGGGUAUGUGAACGUAGAGAUAGUUCCAUUACUAUGACAGCUCCCAAUGAGGUUUGUGAGUAUGUUAUAAGAAGACCAAGUGGAGAUAAAAAGUCACUGAGACCAGGGGCCCCAUCAGAUCCUUUGGAAUACAACUUCAACAAUAAAAGGCGAGGAAUUUUCAUAAUCAUUAACAAUAAACACUUUGAUGAAUCAACUGGUCAACAUGCAAGAGAAGGUACGGAUAUCGACGCUGAACGUCUUGAAGAACGGUUCCAAGCUCUGGGUUUUGAAGUUCAGCGAUAUGAUAACAUUACACGGACUAAAAUGACUGGCCUCAUGUAUGAUAUGGCCAGCAAGGACCAUUCAGAUGUUGACUGUUUUGGAGUAGCCAUUCUUUCACAUGGUAGAGAAGGAGCUGUUUAUGCCACAGAUGGGUCUGUACCACUUAAUAUUCUGGUACUCCCUUUCAAAGGAGAUAGAGCUCCCAGUUUGGUUGGAAAACCAAAGUUAUUUUUUAUUCAAGCAUGUCGAGGAACCAAAAUGGAUGAUGGUGUAGAAGUAGUUGAUGGUUCUUCUUUCACUGAAGACGAUAGUGUAGAUGCUGUAGCUUCAGCUGAUGUCAUUAUGAGAACAGUUCCAACUGAAGCUGAUUUCCUAUUUGCAUAUUCAACCACCCCAGGUUAUUAUUCUUGGCGUAAUAAUGAAGAAGGUUCCUGGUUUAUCCAGGCACUAUGUAUUAUUUUGGAGAACCAUGGAAAAGAAAUGGAGCUAAUGCACAUGUUAACAUUGGUCAAUCACAUUGUGGCUUAUGACUUUGAAUCAUGUACCAAUGAAGAUUUCACAUCUAAAAAGAAACAAAUGCCAUGUAUUGUUUCAAUGUUGACCAAAUAUGUUUACUUCCGACCCAAAAAACAAGAAAUAAUUUAAAAUUACUGGUAAUGUGAGCUGAAGUGGCAGCAAUACAUUAUACAAAAAAAAAAUCAGAUCCUAUAACUCUAGCAUUUAUUUAUCUUUUAUUUUCAAAGAAUGGUUUAUUUUAUAAUAGAUAUU